UACAGAAGAAUAUCGUGUCGUACGGAUUACAAUUUUUCAUGUACCUUAUUAUAUUUAUGCCGUUGUAUAAUUAUAUUCUUAUUAGGAAGUACGUCUGUCCCUCGCGAGUAUCGCGCGUACCUACAAAGCUCGCAUGAUCAUAUUAUAUACACACCUUCGAAUAAUUCCGGGAGCCAUACCGCGAUUAGUUUAGCUUUGUUGGAUAUCUAGGACUCCUCGUCACGCGCGUGGAGUACAGAGAUUUUGUACACUGCAUUUUAACGUUGUAUUGUUAAAUACCUAAAACGGAGGGAUUUAUGGAGUCGUAGACGGAGCGACGCACGUUGAUUAUACCUGCAGAUGAUCAAGCGACUGCUGCUCAGCUCCAGGGUGCCGGAUCCAUUGCAAUAACAAAUCACCAAGCUCUUAGAUGUGUUGAAUUAUUACUAAUUGUAUGAUCCGUGAAAAUGUAUACGUGUGAAGGAUGUAAGAAGCACGCCUCUUUAGUGCUGUAAUCAUUUUGCCGCUGAUAAUAAAUAUUGUACACGUAUAUUGGAGGCAUUGUACUAAUUCAAUCUGAAUCACCUAAUCUCUGAAGAACGUGAAGUAAACGUAGAUGAGGGAUGCCGUUCUGCAAAAACGGAACAGUAGCAUAGCCACCCCGAAGACGAAACCAUCGAUUCAAAUAUAUCGCCCUCCAGGUGUCAGAGCGGACGGAACGACAAGUAACACCAUUAAUCCACACUUGAAUCCUCACGCCAAGGAGUUUACAAUGAAGCAAAACGAUCACACACAUCCUUCCAAAAGUCACGGCACGAACGCAGAACGACCCCAUUCGCUGUACAACCUUCAGCACAGUAAAUCGAGCGGGAACAUCCACCGGUAUCUCUACGCCCAUCAGCAACAGCAGCUCCAGCAGCAUCAGCACCCUUCUUCCUUUCAUCCUCAUCAGCACCAUCAACACCUUCAUCACCAUCCUCAGGGUGGUUAUCACGUCGGGGUGGCAGGAACCAUGCUUCGUCAGCCACAUGCUCUCAAUACCUCUGCCUCCAGUGGUAACAUCACGCACAGUUCGAGUCGGGUGCACUUCAGCAUGGACCAGACAGAUUCGAAAAACACGAGUUCCGGCAGGCCGGGAAAGCUGGUAAAGUCCUCGUCCUUCGUAUCGACGUACGGCUUGAAGCGUUCGAAAAGUUUGAACUCUGCUGACGCCUUGGCGGCGAAAGCUUUGACGAUCUCAGACGCCUCGGAACUCGGCCGAUUUCCUAUCGGUGUUCAGGACAACCUUGUCAAAGCGAUUGACGAUCCCAAUCUCCUGAACUCUCGGGCUCUCAUGGAACUGGUACGACACAUUCUGGAUAGAGUCGUUGAAAAUCGUCGGUACGCGGAGCCGGCAGCAAAGCUUUGCAUCACGAUAAUCGAGAAAGAAGUGAAAGAAACGUUCUUGGAGUCGCUCCUUAACACGUGUCAGCAAUUGUAUCAAGAACGUGGUAAGGUCCUCCAGGAGGUCUCGGCCUUUCAUCAUCACUCGGCCUUCAUGACGUUUCUCAACGAAAUGUACUGCCAGCUUAAACGCAGGCAGCUCCAGCUGAAGACACAGCAGGAAGGCGUUCCUCCUGGACGGGUUCUUCUCACUCUGCUGUGGAAGUGUUGCCAAGACUGUCUCCAGCCGCCAAUAGUCAAUUCCCUGGCUGAGACCGACUGCCUCUUCUUUAUCCUGACUUGUAUCGGUAAGGAUUUGGACACGGAACUUCCAGCCCAGUUGCAGCAGCUCCUUGGAAGUGUUCGGGACGCUUUUCUCGCCGAACAAACGGUUCUGCCUGCUGUGAGAAGAACGCUGCUUCAGCUGAUAGAACUUCACGCAGCUCAGUGGCAGCUUCCGGCUCCAGCAGUUGUCUACUAUUAUCCUGGUCCUUCGAAAUAGCAUCGAUAGAUCGACGAUCCUCACGUCUAGCCAUGCUAAGACUUUCCCUCCGGGCAGCUUCCUUUUUUUCUCUACACUUCUAUGCAUCGACGAUAAACGAAUAUUAUACACGAAUGAAAAUAAUCGAAAAGAAAACAGAACGAAUAACAAUUUGACGCGAUACGAGCUGGAUCACGCGGACGAUUGUUAUACUAUACAUUAGAUUGUAUAAAAAAAAUCGAAUUAAUUUUUUUUUUUUCAAAAUUCAAGUCCAAAAUAUUGUUAGAAAUGACGGAAAAAGGACCUUGAAUAACUUUUGAAAGAGAUAGACUUAUCAUAAGAUGGUAAGAGACCUUUUUUGUAGAGCGUUCAAUUUCUUACGAAAAUGCGUUCUGGUCUUAUCGGUACGCUAAUGCGUUGACGAAUUAUAAAAUUUUAAACUUUAAAAACAAAUUUCCCCAUCUUAUUUAAAUGGGAAAUAGAAUAUCGCGAUUAUGCACCUCUAAAUAUUGAUAUUAGGAGCUGAAACUUGGACAGCAUCUUUUUUUCGUCAUUUUGAACAAUAUUUUCGAGUUGUGUUUUUUGAAACAGUCUACUAUACAUAGCCACAAAGCUAUGUAUAUUAGUAUAAAUAUAUAUACUAAACUCUUAAUUGUAAUUUCAAGACUGUUUGUACGGUCUUUUUGUCAGUCAUUAUAUUUAUUCAAGAGAUUUUCGAGAAAAAUAAAACGAGGAAAAGAAAUUUGCAAAAAAUAAA